CCCCCAAAACACCCACUGGUCCGACCACACAACCCCCCACACAAUCCUCAUAAUCUCCCAACCCACCAACCAACACUGCGCCGUAGUCGGCGGCAUCAUGGCCCAACGAAUGAAACGCCGCAACGUCGCGGGGGUGGUUGUCUCCGGACGAGUGCGCGAUAUGGCCGAACUACGAGCUUCCGGGUUACCUAUCUGGGCGAAGGGCGUUUCGACGGUCGGGAGCGCGGCGGAGACGGUGACGGGGGGGUUUGGUGGGGGGGUGGAUUUUGGGGGGGUGGUGGUUAGGCCUGGCGAUAUCAUCUUCUGUGAUCCGGAGGAAGGGGUGGUGGCGAUUCCGAGGGAGUUGUUGGAUCGGGUGUUGGAGGUGAUGCCGAAGUUGGUGGCUAUGGAUGAGAGGGUCAAGGAGGGGGUUGCGCGGGGGAUGUCGGUGUUUGAGGCGUUUAGGGAGUUUAGGACCAAGAUUUAG